CCAGACUCCAUUCACUCAAACACUGAUGUAAACGUGCCUUGCUGCUUUGCUGAGUGACUUUGGUGAAUCUGAAGUGCUGCCAAUAAUAAAAAACAUUAAAACCAGAAGCGGAUGAUAAGAGAAAUCCUAGAGAAACAUCUUUUAUUUUGGAUUAACUUUGUGUGUGUGAUCCGUGUGAACCAGGAGCUCCAGGAUCUGGUCCGUCGGUACUCUCAGGCCGUCCCGGUGCAGAAGGACUGGCUGGAGUCCUGCUUCUCCAAACAAGGACAAGUCAACACGGCUCCGUUCCUCCAUCUGCUCCGAUAACGACAAGUUUUUCAUCUCUUUGUUUGUAUCGAGCCUGAAUGCAUUUAAGUGGCUGUUUGGAGAUACAAAGCACGUGAACACAGUUUGUAAUCAUUGAUUUAUGGGUGAAAUAAGGAGUCAGUAAACAAACGUCUCUCUGCUGCAGCGUGGAGCCUUAUGAUGAACACACACGUGUAGACUUUACUUCACUUUAACCGUCUUAAGUUGUGGAAAUCUCUGAUCUGAUGGUAACAGAGACGACGUGUUGAAGUUAUUACAGAAGUCUGAUUUCAGCAGUUGAGCGACUAAGUAAUCACAUUACAAAGAUUUAAUAACUAUAAUCAGCCUGAAUUACAUAACAAUUGCACUUAGAUUAUAGUUACAUUGUCAUGGAUUACAUUUUUGAUUAUGUCUUUAAAACUGUUUUAAAACUAUUUCUUUUUUUUCAUAAUCAAUUCAUUAAAAUUCAACGACUGUAAAUGAUGAAUUUGCAAAGUGCAUUUUAUUGCAUUAAAAGAGAAAAAUAACAUUUGUUGAUCUCCAUUUAUUUUUUAGUUAAAUGUUUGAUCCAAAAGUAUUUUACACACAAGACUUUACAAAUCCGGAUGAUGAAUAAAUGUGACAGGAAGCCACGUGUUUACACAAGAAGCCUCUCUAUUAAACAAACGAUAACAAAAAGAGGAAAAACAGAAAAACAAAUUAUGAAAAAAUCAACAAAAAACACAAAAGCAGUAGAAAAAUAACUGACCAAUAAAAUAUAUAAAUACGUGAACUACAGGUAUAAGUACCCGUAUUAGCUAAGAUGUAAUCCCGUGUAUCAGUAUUAAUAACAGAAUGCAAUUUAUAUUCAGUGUAAUUAAAUAAAUAUGACCCAGCCCUGUUGUGCGGCUCUGAGGUUGUCGUGUUGACAUUCGGUGGAACAGUUGAGUCUGUAGAAACCCAACAGGCUGCGCAUGCGCGCGUGUAUCUAUGUGCCUGUGUGUGUGGGGCGUGUUCCGAAGGGGCGGGGCUUCUCGGCGCUAAAGACAGUGAAGACCGAAGAAGUGCUCUCGCGCGUCAAUAUCUGUCUCGCGGAGACGACAUCAAAAGGAAAACUACAUUUACAUAAAAACAAUUAAACACAAAGUCGUUACUUUUUUUACUUCAUUUUUUUUUUUCACCUUUUUGACUCGUCUUCGCACGAGGACACCGACUCACCUGAAGGAGCCCUGAAGUCAUCGACGUGUUUCAGAUGCAGCUUGAAGCCGACACACAUGGACGUGAGGAGGACCAAUGAUGCUGCCCGCUUCCAUCCACUCGGCUCCCAAUAGUCACGUCAGCCAGCUGAGCAGAUCCUUCAGCAGCCACCACAACACGCCAGAGGAGGACGAUGAGACGAUGAGCACGGAGGAGCGAGAAGCCAGCGGAGUCCAUGACUCCGCCCCUCAGCCCGACGGCCACCAUCACGCCUCCUCCUCCUCCUCCGCCGCCGCCGCCUACCCGUUUGGCGCCCACAGGCUGGACAGAGUAGAGGACCACCGCCUACCUCCACCAAGCUCCAGCUUCUGCUGUUACCAGCCUCCCUGCCGCCUGCCCGCCGGCUACAGCCAGCCCACGCCGUUCCCCAGCCAGGCCGACGGCGCCUGGCUCCACCCGAGCUUCGCCAGCAGCUGGUCAGGGUAUCCCAACAGCCUGCCGUCCUCUCUGAACCAGAAGGACCAGUCCUUCCACAGCAGCCUCUCCGGGUACAAGUCGGCAUCCCUGCCCGGCCAACACAGCCCCAGUAUGAUCAGCCUGGAGCAGCCGCUGUCUCUGUGCUCCAACCCGCCUUCGGGCAACUUGUGCCACCACACAUUGUCUCCGUACUCGUGUCCGCCGCAGGGCGCGGCCUGCUGUGCACAUUGUCCUGCAGACGCCUUCAACGGGGGGGCCGCCGUGGCCAACAAACACCCCUGGCCUCAGUACCACCCGGCUUACGGCCCGUACUGUAAGUCUGAUUCUCUGUUUAUUAACUACAGACUAGAGAGAGGCCAAGCCCCGCCCCUUUAGGUACACCACGAUAGCAGCUUUUUUUACGGACACAAUAUGUACAGAAGACAACCUCCGGUUCUUUAAAGUGAAUCCGAUGC